AUGAGAUGGGCUGAAGCAAAGCCACCAAAGAAGAAGCUUUCGAAGAAGGAAAAGGCACGCCUGGAGGCGGAGCAGGCCGAGCUGCUGCGCAUCGAAAUGGAAAAGGAAAAACUCAAGAAACUGGAGGAGGCACGGCAGCGGAAGAAACUCGAAAUGGAACAGGCCAAGCAUCGUCAGCAGCAGGAGGUGGCAGAGAAUCGGCAACGCAGAUCACAGCUCAAGGACAGCAUGCAAUUCUUUGAGGGAGUGCGAACGGCCAUCGAAGCCAUCAAGGAUGGGGAGCGACACGAACGGGAUUGGGAGAAAUUUAUGCGCUGCAAUGGACUGCCGAAUGCCGCCAGUCCGAGUGAUCUGCGCAAGUACAUCCAUCAGUGGCAUGCGGAUAUUGCACAGCGGCAGCGUGUGGCACGCAACUGGCUGCUGCGCACCGACGAGCGAACGCUGCUCACGCAGGAUGCCCAGGUGCCAGAUCUGACGCGCAUCUCGCUACGCCAGCAACAAGGACGACUCGGUGAUGUCUAUGCCCAACGCAUCAAGGAGGUGCUGGGGAUUCUCAGCGAAUUGGACGAGAUGUUGCCCUUCAGGCAGCGCUCGGUGCAUGUGGCAGCGGACUUGGCCAAACUUAAGACGGAGAUGCGAGUCUUUCUGCGACAGCAUUUGGAUGAGUUUACCUACAAGACAAUGUCCCACAUAGAGCGCGAUAUGGAAAUCGAUAGACCAGGCGUCUCGAAGCACAUCUACAGCUCGGAUGUCUUUCAGAGCUUUGUGUGGACCUUCUCGAAGGAUGCACAAAUUGCCAUCAACCCGAAGGCACGCAUUGGCGAACAAUCGGCACACAAUGAGAUUGAUUUUCCCACCAUCGAGAUGCAAAUUUCGCUGCCACCGACAGUGCGCCUGCAGAGUUCGGCGCUGCGUGGACUGUGGCUGAAUUAUGAUCAUUUCAGUGACUAUUGCAGCAGCUAUCGACUGAAGCAUGCACGCUCCGAGAAUGCCAAUAUCCUCCGGCAAACGAAACGCGAGUGGCGCAAGCGCAAAGAGAUCCUGCAGGCCAUGCUGGACGAGUGUGGCCGGGACAUUCCGUUGUCAGAGCUGGAGCAACUGACGCAGGAGCAGCACUCGGCGAGCUCUCAGCCAACGCGAGAGCGCACCUACGACGUGGACAAGUUGUAUGCGGAGUACGAGGAUGAGCUGAGUCGUGCGCAUCGCAGGGCCAUUGGCCCAGAGGCAUAUGGCAUGCUCGAGACGGAUGUGAAUCUGCGCAAAUAUCGCAUCAUCGGUGGCGUCUACUGCAUUGACUUUCUCGAGACGCCGCAACAGGAUAAGCAGCUCAAUGCGCGUUCCUUUAUAAGAACAAUUACUUGUGCCAACAGUUUGGUGCUCAAGGACUACUAUCAAACCUACAAGCCACCGCCACCGGUGCUGCCCGGCGUGCGACGAUUGCCCGAGGAAAUCGAAGCAGAGAUGCGAAUGAUUGAGUCUGCGCUGGAUAAGCUGGCGCUGGUCACGCUGCAGUUACCCGAUUCUGUCAUCUGGUUCGAGCCGCCCGUCGCCUGCCGCUGGGAGACGCACAUCGAAACGCUCGAAAUGGAGCUGGCCGAUGGCAUGAAGCCGUCGCCGACUGCCCCCAUGGAUGCGGCAGCUGCUGCCACCACAGCCACACCCACGGAGGCCACGCCCCUCUCGACCAACGCCCAGCCCAGUCCGCUAAAGAGUUCGCCCCGCUGUCCGGCCGCGCGCCUGCGGCCCCAAAAGUCAACAUCGGAGCCACAGCAGGCGCUGCGCGAGAUCACGGACUUUGACCUGCGUGCCAUACCCAGCGACGUCGACCUGUACGGGCUGGUCAAGGAGUUUGUGGUGCCGCGUCUGCCGCAGGGUUUCUGUGUGCGCCUCGAGGCAACGACGCCGGCAGAGUCCGGCUCGGGUCAGCGUCGCCGCCGGGUGAUGUUCCUCGCCCGCCAGACCCACGUGCGGCUGGGUCAGCCUUUGGGUCAGGGUCAGGGUCAGGGUCAGGGACAGACUGCACUCGAGGUCGACACUUCGGAUGAGCUGCAGCUGGGCCUGGGCAUUGGGGCCGAUUUCCUGGACACUGAGGAGCCGGCAGAGAUGUUUCCGCCGCUGUGCUUUGACAAGUUGCUAAAGUUCCGCCAGGCUGCUCCUGUGCUGCCCUGUGGCUACCUCUUCUCGCAGCUCAUUGAGGACAUGGACCGGCUGUGGCGGCUGCAGUUGCCGCGCGAGCAGCAGGAGGAGCUCAUCCAGCAGAUCUCGGAGCAUCUCUCGCCCACUGGCUCCGCGGGCAGCGAGGCGGGGGAGCAGCAGCAGCUGGACACGGAGGACGCGGAUGCCAUACAGCCGCUCAGCCAGGAGCUGGUGGAUGUCCUGCAGCCAGCCGCAGCGGCCGCUGCCUUUGCCUACUACACGGGCAUCUCCUUUGUGCGCGACUCGCAGCUGCCGCUCGACUCAGAUACGGAGAAGGCGAACGCCAAGCAGCCAGCCGAUGGCCAGGACAGCAGCGAGGAUGACGACGAGGAUGUCGACAGCUUGCUGGAGCUGCUGGAGGGCGCCUCCACGGCGGGCAACACGCUGCACGAGCUGCUGCUGGCCUCUGGCACCGGCCAGAGUCAGAGCGAGAACAGCGACAGUGAGAUGCGCAGGCAGAAGCUCAGCAGCACGGCGGCCAUCACUCAGGGCAAGUGGAGCACUCGCGAUGUGCACGACACAAAGUUCAACGAGGACAAGCUCUCGAUACAGUUUCGCACAGGACGAUUGGGCAUCUUUGGCUUUGCGUUGAACAAAUACAGCAACAUGCCCUACCAGACCUGGGACCUGCGACCAGACAUGAAAAAUCCUGGCACCAUUCUGUUUAGCUUUACGGCAUCGCUAAUCAGCCUGGACAUGACCAUCAGCGCGGCGGGUUACACGGUCAACAAUUUCCAGGGCGGCAGCACCCAGGGCCUCACCGAGAUGAUCGGAAAGACGCUGUCGCUGUCAGAGCUAAAAGCCACCUUGAUACUCUCCGCGGUGGACAUCUUCCCCGAUGAGGAUGCCUUCUGCUAUACGGAGGGCUCCUGCGAGAAGAACUACGUGAUGGAGAUGCACUGCUACGCCUGCCUCUCGACCCUCGCCCAAUCGCACAACUUUAGCUGGUCCCGCUGGAACCUGCUGGCCGGCUCACGCACCGCCGUUCUGCUCGUCCGCGAGCUCAUCGAGGGCAAGAAGGUGCCGUACUACUCCACGCUGCUGGUGACGCCGCUCAAGACCUCGAUCAUUGACUGCACCGAGGUGUCGGCCAGCUUCAAUGCGGUGGGCAUUGCCGGCAUGGAGUACUAUGCGGAUCUCUAUCAACUCUCCCAGGCACACGCGCAGCCGGCGAGUCUCGAGAAGCAGCGCACAAUGAGCCCGGUGCUCAGGGACAAUGUGGCCAGGAUAUUGAUGGCCAUACGGCCAUUGAGUUUGUGUUAA